CGCGCCAUCUAUCGGAGAGACGCAAGAGUAACUUCUGGUAUCUAUAGUCUGUGAUUCUGCACUAGUGAAUGGAUAUACCGACAGUUCAUAUUUACCUUCGGCGAGCACUCAGUUAAUUCAAAGUGGAUGCAUGGUUAGAAGUGCGGGAUCUGGUCGUUCCACUGGGUGAGGGACAGGCCUGCACCGCCACCUCACAACAGCGCUAUGACCAUCGCAAUGAUAGCCAAUCAGGAGCACCCACAGGAGGGGCCACCAAACACUCCACCACAGGGUGGGGAUGGGGAAGUGCUGGGUGAAGGGGAAGGAGAUGAUGUGGGUGGGGCAGAGCCAGACUUCCCCCUUGAUGCCCUGGCCCGCCUUGAUGAGAUGAUCCAUCGCCAAAGGUGGGUUGUCCCUGUCCUGCCCAAGUGUGAGUUGGAGGUACUUCUUGAGGCAUCCAUUGACCUUUGUCAGAGAGGACUAGAUACUAGAAGUGAGGCAUGUCAGAGAUUCUUUAGAGAAGGACUGACUAUAUCUUUUACGAAAAUUCUCACCGAUGAAGCUGUGAACAGUUGGAAAUAUGAAAUCCAUAGAUGCAUCUUGAAAAACUGUGAGAAGUUAAUAGAAUUAGUAGUUGUGAAGCUGCACCAAGACUGGUUUUCUUUGCUUGACCUUCUUGCUAUGGUGCUGAGUCCUAAUUCAAAAUUUCACACAUUCAACAGUACACGUUCCUCUGAGACAGUUCAACAGGGAUCACAGAUCCCAGACUAUGAACUCUAUGCUAGACCCCCUGAUCCUAGAAAUCCUCGAGGGUGGUUAGUGGAUCUCAUUAAUCUCUUUGGUAAGCUUGGUGGCUUUCAGAUCCUCCUUGAACGAUUCCAAUCGGGCAAGAACCUCUCAGUUCCAGUCAUUUGUGCUCUCCUCCGACCCUUCGGCCUCUGUUAUGAGAUGCUCACAGUGUCUACUAUAGAAAAAUACUUCAUGCCUAUUGUAGAAGUAGUGCCUGCCUUUCUUGAAAAUCUCACUGAUGAAGAGCUGAAGAAGGAGGCCAAAAAUGAAGCCAAGAACGAUGCAUUAUCUGCCAUCAUCAAAGCCAUCAAGUGCCUGGUAUCCCGUGUUCCCAGUCAGGAGGAAACUGCCAAAAAUCUGGAGAUUUUUAGGCUAAAAAUGAUACUCAGGUUACUGCAAAUUUCAUCAUUUAAUGGGAAGAUGAAUGCACUCAAUGAGGUGAAUAAAGUGAUCACCAGUGUAUCAUACUACUCACAUCGCCAUGGUCCAGUUGAAGAGGAGGAGUGGCUGACUGCAGAGCGAAUGGCGGAGUGGAUCAAAGAAAAUCGCGUCCUUCAGAUUGUUCUGCGGGACUCCCUCCACCAGCCACAGUAUGUGGAAAAACUUGAGAAAAUCAUCCGCUUUAUCAUCAAGGAAAAGGCACUUACACUAGAAGAUCUGGAUGAUAUAUGGGCUGCCCAACAUGGGAAGCAUGAAGCAAUUGUAAAGAACGUGCAUGACCUCCUUGCGAAGUUGGCAUGGGAUUUCUCUCCUGAACAGCUUGAUCAUCUUUUUGGCUGCUUCCAGACAAGUUGGAGCCAAGCUAGUAAAAAGCAACGUGAAAAGUUAUUAGAAUUGAUUAGAAGGUUAGCAGAAGAUGACAAGGAUGGUGUUAUGGCUCACAAGGUUUUGUCACUUCUGUGGUCACUGGCCCACUCAGAUGAUGUACCCACUGAGAUUAUGGACCAAGCACUCAAUGCCCAUGUCAAGAUCCUUGACUACUCGUGCUCGCAGGACCGGGACAUCCAAAAAAAACAUUGGCUUGACCAGAAUUUUGAGAGACAAAACCCUGAUUUAAAUCCUGCAGAUAUAAUACCAGACGGAAGAUAUAAUCAUAUAUACCAAGUUCAAGAACGACUAAGUUUUCUUAGAUUUUUAUUGAAGGAUGGGCAAUUAUGGUUAUGUGCCCCUCAAGCAAAGCAAAUAUGGAACUGUUUAGCAGAGAAUGCAGUUUUCACUGUGGAUCGUGAGUCUUGCUUCAAGUGGUUUUCAAAGUUGAUGGGAGAUGAACCUGAUUUGGAUCCAGAGAUUAACAAAGAUUUCUUUGAGAACAACAUACUACAACUUGAUCCUUCUUUGCUCACAGAGAAUGGCAUGAAAUGCUUUGACAGGUUCUUUAAAGCAGUGAAUUCAAAAGAAGGUAAACUUGUAUUGAAGCGGCGAGUCCACCUCAUGGAUGAUGAUGACCUCAUUGGGGUAGACUAUGUGUGGCGGGUUGUGCUGUGUGGAACUGAAGACAUUGCUAGCCGUGCCAUUGAGCUGCUUCGAGAAACCUUCACCAAUCUAGGACCAAGACUGCAGGCCAAUCGUGUGAUCAUACAUGAUGACUUCCUUUCCAGUUGUACGUCCCGUCUUAAGGUAUUGCCUAUUGAGUACAUAGAGUUGUAUAAAUCCAUAAAUCAUAAACACAUCAAGAUCAAGAUCAAGAUUAAGGUACCAACAACACCAAAUACUCAUGUUGAGCAAGUCCAUAACCCUGUGGGCCAGGCCAAUCCGACAUACAACUUCCUGGUUCAGCCCACUGUCGUUACACACUACACAACCAAGAUUGACAUAGGCUGCAAGCAUCCCUUGUUGGCACUCCAUCAUUUGCAAAGCUCUAGGAUCCGGUCAGUUGUUGACUUACCAGGCGUGAACCCAGAUUGUUCAGGUCUCUGGUGUUUCAGUUGCUCUGCACUGAUGUUACGGAUGCCAGCUGCCAUUCCACCUCCAAACUUUGCCACAGCCUCUUUGACAUCAUCAAUGGAGGGUGCAGUUUCCUCAGUGGGUGGAUCAGCAUCCAGCAUCUGUAACCCUGCAGUUUGGAGCUGUUCACUUGGAGGAUCCACUGUGAACAGCUGCUCAAGGAGAGCUCUAGUCCUACGUGACAGAGCCCUGUACUGGUUGCGGUUCCCAGCAAAUCUGGCAGUGCAACUCUCCUCAAUACUGUCCAGUGUCUGUAUUGAGGUGAAGCCACCUUGCUCCCCAACGCAUUCCUUAGCAGCCUCAAGAGUCUCACGUUUGAAGGUAUCGUAUAGCUCUACUGGGUACUCAAUGGUGUUGAGCACUCCAAAGCUUUCUGGACUUGACAUUGAGUUUGAGUGUAGCAACAACAAGCCUGUGAUCAGUUGCAAAGAAUGCGGCAUUCUGAAAAACCCUGCAGUUUUGAAGGAUCCUCUUGCAUGUACUAAGAAAGAUAUGGUCGAUCUCUUUUGCUACCGCUCCCGUAUUGCUAUACCAAGUUCAGCGGUGCAGCGCUGGUCUCUAAUACCAAGAACCUGCAAUUCUCAACUUUCUGGAUCUUACAUGAUUCAGAAUAAAGAGCACUUGUUGCAGAUGCCACAUCUGCAACCCCCAAUGGCACCUCUAAGCAAAGCAAGCCCAGAUUUUUGCAUCAGAAGGGAGAAGUUGCUUCUCAAACUCCAGGACUGGCCAGCCAAUCAGAGAGUACAGGGUAUGUACACACCAUACUCUCAGCCAAUAAGAGGAUCCAAACUCCUGUUACAGUUGUAUGAUCCAUCAGAUAUUUUUGAUGGCACCGGCACACAGUCUGUGGUGGAGUGGCUCAAGAAGCUGGAGAUGUUGUGUGAACUACAAGGUAUUGAUGACAUGGCCAGAAUGAUUCCUUUACGUCUUAUGGAUGGCGCCUUCGCUGUAUACAUGCAGCUGAUGGACAAACACAAGAAGAAGGCGGAAGAGGUGAAGAGGGCGCUGCCGGCUGCAUUUGUGCUGUGGCACCUUGCUACCUUGUUAGGAGGUAUGACUGAUCAAGGCCUCGUCUCUGCUUUCGUGGUUGGACUAGUGGAAGGUGUUCGUCAGUUGUUGAGGGCUGGGUCACACAUGGAAACUCUGAACCAGAUUCUAGCAUGGGCAAGAGCAAUUGUUAAGGAUGAAGGCAUUCAUGGUUCAUCAGAGUUCAUUCUCGGCAUGAACAGUGUGAAGGCCCUCGGAGGAGUGACAGUUGAUGUGCCAAGUGGUUUGCGUUUUGGCAAAGAGGACACUGUGGUCUGUGUGGCUACAAAUGAAGUGUUGAAAGUGGACGACCAUGAUUUCAGUGCUUCUUUUGACCCUGCCAGCAAAGGGGCUGAUUCCUCGCAUGGCCAUUGUCCAGCAGAACAAAAAAAAGAGGUGCAGCUUGUGUUGGACAGCUUCACAGGAGACUCUGACGUGUGUUUGGAUAAACGGAUCAGAGUCCACAACUCCUUAUGGUCAUAUCAGACUGUGAUCUUUAAGGGCCAGAACAAGUUCGUUGGCCACUACCCAAUAUGUGGAUGGGUAAGAGUGGUGACAGCCUUCAUCAAAAGGAAAGUUAAUGAAGCCACAGAGAGGUGGAAUGAUAUCAUCGUUGAUGAAGAAAUAAGAAGGCUCUUGAGGGAAAUUAUUGCUGAAGUGAGGAACAACAACCUUUUGCAAGGACAGUGGAGUGUUAGCAGCUAUCAGGCCAGGGUCUGGGUGGACACCAGGUCUCUGGCCCUAGGUAUUGCAGUAAAGGAGGUGGAAUUAAUGAAUGACUCUUCCACUGUGCAUUGCUGUGUCUCGGAUGGACUCUCGGGGAAGAGCAGGUUCAGAACCAAGGCUGCCAGUGAAGUGUUAAUCAGAAUAUGCAUAGGAAUAGUACUGUCUGUGGUCAAGGAAUACGAUAUUUGGCUGACAGUUAUUCUCGUGCCUCCCUGUAACAACAAAGCUGACUACCUUACCCAUGCAUCACACUGCUGGCUGGAAGUUCCUGAUGCUUGCCCCUUAGCUAUGCAUCCUGUGAAGUACAUAGCGCAGUUAAUAGGUACCAAAAACUCCGACGUUCGGUGGGGUGUGGGGUGGGGGGGUCGGAGCUACGCUACGUCACAACUGACUGUUGCCUUGUGUGUGCUGUGUUGUGUACCUAUUCAAGUAUUGCUGAACGUUGAGACAUUCCUGUUUCAGGUACUUCACAGAUUGAAAUCUACAGCACCUAAUGUGAAGGUGGAACUUUACUUGAACACUGAUCCUAUAGACCCUGUGGAGGACAAAAAAAUUAUUGCCCAGAUGCCACUGAGGGAUAAAAUGGUUUUAACAGCUAAGCUGGUGCAGGUGGGGAGCAACAUGCCUUCAUCUCCAGACAGCUCUUCAGACUCCUCCACAGGCUCUCCCCAACAUCCCUAUGAGGGGCCCAAUGUUGAGGCAGAAAACUGUCUUCCGGGUGUUAUAAUGUCUGCUCAACCAAAGUACACGCAGUUCUUGCUUCAGUUAGCUGACCUGGGCUGCACCUUACAGUUGCCGCAGCUCAGAGAUAGUGCCCGAGCACUUCUCAAUAUCAUGCCUGCUGACCAGUUCACAAUCAACAACCUACGAACUAUCUGUUUGGAACAUGCCAAGAUUGGGGACCAGAGUUUAUCUCCUUCUCUUGAGAACAUUGUUUUCUCUUCAUCGCCUUCACAAGUUCUCUAUAAUCUUCAGGUGCUGUAUUCACUGCUUAUGCCAGCCCACAACCCCAUGGCAGAGAAGGCCCUUGAGUUCCAGUACAAUUUCAUGAAGAGUGGAGGAGUGAAGAUUAUUAUAGAUGUGUUGGCUAAAAACAAUUUUCUGUCCAACACAGACAUGCCAACUAAAAGUUUCUCUACAUCUGGCAUUGUACCAAAUCUUAGUGGCUAUGGGUCUCAAGGAGGAGGAAUACCAGCCUCAACACACACACAAGCACUGGUGCUUCAAGAGGCACUGCACCACAUCCCCAACCCAGCCUCAGACUGUAUGGUGCGGAACGUGGCCUCUCGCCUUGCCCAGUCCCUCCACGACCAGGUCACUAUCACCUCCUGCCUCUGGGCACAAUUUGUAACAGGUGUUGUUCCAGACAUGAGUGUUGUCCGAGCCAUCCUCAAAAUUACUUGGGCAUCAGCAUCGGGCCAAGUCCACUUAAUCACCUCCUCUUUAGAUGAAAUUGAAAAAGCCACUGAGAGGCCACCCACAAAACCCCCAGAUCCAGAAGACCUUCAUGUGUGUCGUGAAGGUCUGGAGACAUUGUCUGUAGUGUUGGCCCUUUAUCCUCCUGCCCUGGAGACCCUAACCAAGGAUAGCCAAUUUCACAAGCUUGUGAUGGGUCUGGUGCUAGUGGGUGGGGAGCGCAGUAUUCGACAGUGUGCAGUGGAACAGUUGUUACUCAUGGCAACAAAGUGUUCCAAUUCCCCUCACACCCUUGUUGUCUUCAUUGUCAUGCUCUUCAAUGUGUUGAAUGGCAUGAAUGGCGAGUAUUCUAAGGAGUAUUUCCAGUUGCUGUGUGGACUAUUAAACUGGGCCUGUAUGUCAAAUGUGGCUGUGACGGGUGUUGAUCGCCUUCUGGCAGCUGAGGUGGAGUGGCUUAAGAAUGUGAGAGCAAGUGUAUCUCAAAUGGCCCAGGGUGGCCCAGAGCCACCUGUGGAUGAGACACUCCUGGAGGGCCAUUUGUGUGUCACGCGGGAGCUGGUGGCCUUCCUCCCUCCUGAAAAGAAAUAUGAAAUUGGUGGUGACACCUCCAAAAUGAUAUUUCUUAUCCGGGAACUUGUAGAAGACUUUAUAUUCCCUUUUUCUAAGGUGUACCUUCAAUUAGAGCAUGCAUCUGAGAUGCCUGCUGAGCAGGCCAUACCAGUGUGCUCAACUCAACCAACUGUGAUAGCAGCUUAUGAACUCCUAGUCACUCUCUGUACAGGCUGUGUCCCCAACCUCAAACUCCUGGCAGAAAUGCUCACUAACAUGUAUUAUUCUGAUUGUGAUGAGAGCAUUGGGGAAUGGGAGUACCUGCCCCCAGUUGGUCCAAGACCCUUCAAAGGUUUUGUGGGGCUUAAAAAUGCGGGUGCCACUUGUUACAUGAAUUCUGUUCUACAGCAGCUCUAUAUGAUUCGGCAGAUCAGACAUGGUGUGUUAGCAGUAGAAGGAGCAGCCACUGAUCCUGAAGAAGAUUUCAGUGGAGAGGAGAGGAUGGAACAAGAGACAAAUCUUGAUGGCAAUGAAGAGGACACAAUGAGCAGUAGUUCUAAUGAAGAGAGUAGAAAAGAGUACCACAUUGGAAUCCUUAAGCAGGUGCAAGCAAUCUUUGCACAUCUAGCCUGCUCUAAACUGCAAUACUAUGUUCCAAGAGGUCUUUGGAAGCAUUUCAAGCUGCAGGGUGAGCCAGUCAACUUGCGUGAACAACAUGAUGCUUGUGAGUUUUACAACAUCCUUGUGGAGAGUCUUAAUGAGGCCCUAAAGGCUCUUGGGCACGAACAAAUUAUGAACAAGAUCCUUGGAGGCUCAUACUCAGAUCAAAAGAUUUGCAAAACCUGCCCACACAGGUAUUCUAGGGAAGAAACCUUCACAGUCAUCAGCAUAGACAUCCGGAACUACAGCAACCUGUAUGACUCCCUUGAGCAGUAUGUGAAGGGAGAUCUGCUAGAGGGGGACAAUGCUUAUCUUUGUGAGAAGUGUGAAAAAAAGGUUGAUACAGUGAAGCGAAUUUGCCUGAAGAAGCUGCCUCCAAUCAUGGCCAUCCAGCUUAAGCGAUUUGACUAUGACUGGGAGAGGGAAUGUUCCAUCAAAUUCAAUGACUAUUUUGAGUUUCCACGAGAGCUGGAUAUGGAUCCCUACACAGUUGCUGGACUGGCAAGAAAUGGGGAAUUGAUAGACUAUGACCCAGAAGACAUGAAACCAGUGUGUAGCAAGUACAAGUUGACAGGCAUUGUUGUUCACAGUGGUCAAGCAAGUGGUGGACACUACUACUCCUAUAUACUGCACAGAAAUGGAAAUGACCAACGGUGGUACAAGUUUGAUGAUGGGGAAGUGACAGAGUGCAAGAUGGAUGAUGAAGAUGAAAUGAAGAAUCAGUGUUUUGGUGGUGAAUAUAUGGGGGAGCAAGUCUUUGACAACAUAAUGAAGCGGGUGAGUUACCGUCGGCAGAAGCGGUGGUGGAAUGCUUACCUCCUUUUUUACACAAGAUUGGAUGUGGAAGAGGAUAAUCUCUGCAACUCUCUCAAUGAGUUGAGUUUAGCGGAGCGACCAGGGUUAAUAAAAAUGCCCUGUGCCAUUGACCGAUCAGUAGUGAGGCAAAAUGUUCGGUUCAUGCACUCCAGGUCUCAGUUUUCUCCUGAGUACUUCCAGUUCCUGAAAAAGCUCAUCAUGACCAACCACCCAUUUGUCCUUCAACCCCCUCAGGACAGGGUUGCUGAGGCUGAAGAAAUUGCUAUGGUCAGUGGUCAGCUCUGUAGCAAGUUUCUUUUCUCAGUUGGGUUGCAUACCAAGAAGACUCUGAGAGGUCCAGCAAGUGAAUGGUAUGAUGCACUGCAGGUUCACCUGAGAGCCUCAGUUCACACCCGUUCCUGGUUUGCCCAACAUGUGUUGUUUGCUCAGCCACACCGCUUUGUUGAGUAUCUCCUGGAGUGUCCUGCACCUGAAGUAAGGAUGGUGUUUGGCAAACUCAUAGUACUGGUGGCUCACUGCGCUCGCAAUGAUCUUCCUCUGCCACUUGGCUGGGGACCCCUCAAGCACCACCCAGGUUUGGACAUGAGUGGGGGCAACUGCACCUUGAGUGACCAGUUGUUGGUGGCGGUGCUAUUGCUUCUCAACAAGGAGGUGUCUGAGCAUGGCCGCCACCUUGUCCAGUACUUCCAUCUCUUCCACCUGUAUGCCUCCCUUGGCCCUGCUGAGAAAUUACAACUCCUCAAGGUUGGUGGUAUUACCUCAUUAUUUUAUCAUUCUUCAGAGUUUAACUGGCGAGAGGCUCUGAAGGAGGUCGUUGAAAUAUACGUUCCACAGGAUGGGGCCAAGGAUCGAGCCCUGUGGAACGGAGGCCUCCACUGGCUUGGCCAGGAGUCCUUUGUGCCAAACUCUGUCAAAAGCCCCAGCAAUGUCAAGGGCAAUGACGAGGGUGGGGCGGCCGGCGUCGAGGGCGUCAUGCCAGGAGUGACCCGAGCCUCCUUCCAUGCAGCUGGCCAGGUGCUGGUUUGUAGGCACUGGCGGAAGAUGUGUGUGAGGGGCUUUGUUAGCUCCUCCGCACAGUGCUUCAGCAGGAAGGGCGAGACGUCGUCAGGGCCGGGCGCCUUCCUGGUGUCGUGUGCUGCCAGGAGUUCAGCCUUGUCUUGGUUGGCAACUGCCAAGUUGCCAGAGGCUGUUUUAGGGCGGGAUCCUCUCCUGUGUGACUGUGCCCUGCCGCUGCUUCACAAGGGACCACCAUUGCUUGGGAUCAGUUUGCGCGGUGCUGGGCCUUGUGGCGCCUGGAGGGACGACGCUUCAGACGAGUCCAGGCCUUGUACUUGGCAUCAGCAGCUUGCCGGCACCUGUAGCCGAACCACGGCUGGUCUCGUGGAUCGACUCUAUAUGCCCUGUGAGGGACGUGCCUGGCUUCCAGAUGGUGCGCUGGCUUCCUUCCUCACUUGCUGGGUUAAGACCAACUUCACAGAGGACCGCAUUGUGGUCAGAGCUACCAACCUUGUCAAGUUGGUAGCACUGCACAGAGUCUGCCGGCAGAUCGCUGUGGGUGGCCAUGAUUGUGUCCAGUUGGUCCGUGAGGAAGGAGAGUGGGGCGCCUUGUUGCCAUUGGGGCGGUACAGAGGGCAGAGCAGCACAGCAGUCCUGUCAGCGAGGAGAAGGCGGAAAAAUAGCAUUUCCAUCUCCUCAGGAACUGUGACGGGCAAUAGCUGCAGCUGUAGACCUUCACGGUGGCACAAAGCUAUACCACCGCCUUGCCCGGCUGUUCUGUCCCUCCGCACCCACUGCACGGGAGUAACAGGAGUCAGCUACGUGGCCAGGACGGAGGCAGUAGUCGCAGCGAAGGCUCCUUCUUUCUUCUGCUUGCCUCUUCCUGCACGCGUCAGCGAGGUGGCCAGUGUGGCCACAGAAGUCACACAGGACAGCCUUACAGUGCCUUGUGGCGUGUCCUCGCUGGUGGCACCUGUCACAGUUUUGGUACCCCGUUGCCUUCUGUCUCCUCCUUUUCCCUUGUUGGGAGGAACUUCCGCGGCUCGCUCCUGCCCUCACGGGAGGGUGUGUAUGUGGAGUGCUGAUUUCCUGAAGGUGACGGGGGUUAGAGUGGGCAGGAGAGGAGAGGGUGCUGGUGGCUUGGUGGUGGCGGGGGUGGGGACGGGCAGGCGAAGUAUGGGUGCUGGUGGCUUGAUAUUGGCGUGGGUGGGGGUGAUCAGCCGCUGGGGCCUUCCUGACCCCACCAGGUCUGCCAGUGGGGUGUGUGGAGCAAACUUCCUGCCAGUCAGAGUCUAUCUUACUGGGCAGAGCGCUGGUGGCCUGUGUGGUGGGGUGGGAGGGAGUCUGCUGUUCUACAAGUGCGUGGGCGUCAACCGCAUUGAGUGGCUUCGGGAGAGUUUGAUAGGAGUUCCUCGCGUACUGCAAUGUCCUCUUCCGCUGCAGCCAGAGACUGAUGGGGUGCGGGAGGGCGAGGGCUGCCUGGGAGUCAGGGACGGUGUGUGUGGUGGGUUCUGGCGUGUCAGGCACGGAAGCCAGUCAGUCCAGCCCAGGCUAUUUUGGGAUGGGGCGAGGUGGUCCCUGGGAGGUGGGAAGGGUCAAUGGUCUACCCUGAGAGAGGUAGGUCGAAAGAAUUCUCUUGGGAAUUCUCGGUCGCCAAGAGGGUGCGGUGGAGAGAGUGAGGUCAACACAGGUACAGAUAGAGAUUUAGACAUAAAGCUCCUUGUGUUGGCAAGGAACUAUUCUAAACGUCUUUUUCACGUUGCUACGUCCCUCCGGUGCUGCAGUGACGUGAUACUUGUCACGCUCUCCUCGUCUUCCUCCAAUAGACGAAGAGCAUGCCUCUGUAUCGCGUCGAGCCGGCUGGUGUGGGUGGCGGUUGAUGUUGGCCACAGCGCACUGGCUGUCCUGGCAGCAGUAGGAGAGGGAGAUUGUGCAGUCGUUGGCCUUCAGGAGACCGCCAUUGAUGCCCUUGGCUUGGAGUUUAGUCAGAAGACCCGCAUGCCACACUCGGUCAUAAGCCCCCGCGAUAUCAAGGGCCACUACGAGCGUGUCCAGGCCUUCGUCAAGGGUGUCCUGCCAUUCCUGGGAGAGAGUGCAGCCUUGUCAUCACUGCUUGAGGCAGUGGUUCCAUCCUGCCUGGUGAAGGGGGGCACACACUCCUGCCGCAUCACACCCUGCCUCUCCUUGACCAGUGUCCACCACGUCUUAUCUCCAACUCCUGGGCCUGUGAGCUUUCUCCUGAGGUCUUGCUCCCAGUGUUUACUCACCCACUUGGAGGUGUCAUUCAUUCUCUUACAAGCAACUCGGUGCAUGGCGAGGUUGUGUUGUGACGGGCGCUGCUUGUAUCUCCUCCAUGCUGCAUACUUGGCUUCGGCAGCUAUCUUACAGUGGAAGCCAAACCAUUGGGAGUUUGUGGCCUUGGCGAGAGACAACUGUAAGGAGAGGGGAGUGGCCGAUGUUUCUUGGUGCUGGCGGGUUGCUGUUACGGCGAGGAGUGCUGUUAGUAUUCGCUCUCCCAAGGGGCCGAGGUCCAUCCCCGCUGGGACCUCAGCUGCUCCUCCCAUUGCCUGUGUUGCCAUCCGGAGUCACCACGAAAGGGUGCUGGGGGUUGGGGGUGUGGGGCCGGGAGGCGUAGAUGGCGAGGCAGUAGUCGAGGUGGAGCUUGUGGCGGUGGGGAGUGCACCGUUGUUAGCAGGAUUUGGGGUGAGGGAGGUGGUGGGGAUGGUGGAGGUGGCCAGAGACAGCACACCAUCUUCGUGGCUUAUAGCCUGGGUGUCCAAUCCUCCCAAUUUUUUGGUGGCUCCCAAGUCCGUUAGAUGGGAAACGCGCUGCACUUGUGCCUUGUGUAGCACGGUCAAGGCGGCAACUCUCCUGCUACAGCUGCUCUUGCUGUUGCUGCUGCUCUUGUUGAGGCUGUCUGUGCUGCUGCCGCCUCCACCAAUGUGGAUGGUGUUGUUGGUGGUGUGUAGCGCCGCUAAUCAAGCGCUCUGCCCAACGCUGUACUUUAUUUGGCAGGCUGGCAGCGGGCACUUGACAUCCAGCCUGGAAUCCACCUCCACCCCAAGGAUUUCAAUGGUGUCUGGCCCGAGACGCAACUGGUCUGCUUCUCCCUGUGAGCGGGUGAUCACCAUGGGCUGGGUUUUCUCAGGGGCAAACUUGACUUGCCACAUUUCUCCCCAAGCCAGGAUGUCCUGUAGCUGCCUAUUGACUGCCUGCACCACAUUCUGGGCUUCUCCCCUCUCUAUUGGACCAAGUACUGAAUCUUGGGAUACAGAUGCCUCCAUUGAAAAGGAGGACGAGGUGCUGCCGUUCACCAGGCCUGGUACCUUCCUGGUGUUCACUCCUCUCAGGAGUCUUCCUACGUCAUCUUCAGUUCCACCAUUGCUUAGCAUCAACCUGGUUAGAGGAGAGUUUUUUCUUGAUAUCCGUCUCCCAUCUGGCCUUGGCCCACUUCACUGUGUUUAUCAUUACCUUGCACGCUCUUCUUUGCCAGGCUUUAUUGACCUGCAUGGGAUGUCGCUUGUAGUGUUGCCAUGCUCUAUAUUUAUUGUCAGCUGCGACUCUACAUUGACCGCUCUCAUCUGCGAGGAUGACACGGAGAAAGAUGAUCUCCAUAACAGCGGGGAUGUCAACUGGCAAAACGUGAACCUGCAUCUCGUCGCGGUGACACACAGCUAUACCACCUCCCUGCCUUCCUUGUCGGUCUUGCCUCACCCAUGGCGAGUAUCCAGGAAUUUUGUCGCAUAUUGUGAUGCAGCUUUCAUCAAGGAAGGUCUCUACAGCCACUACUACAUCCACCCGAUGUCUGAGGAUGAAUGUAUGGGUGUGGUCACCUUCAUCUGCUGUGUGGGCAGAGGUCUUAUUUCCACCACAGCAGAGGUCGUUCCACCACACAGCAGAGGCGCUGUGCACUUUGUCCAGCUGGUUGAGAUGGCAACGGGCACUGGACAUCCAUGUGAACAGCGCAUAUUCCAUGCUGGGCCUGACCUGAGCCUUGUACAGGGUCAGGAGACCCUCUGUGUCAAGAAGGUCCAUGAGAGGGUACAGUCAUCUACAUACGCACUAGCUGAGGGGAUGCUCUGCAGGCAGUUGAAAUUAAUGUUCCAUAAUAUGGGUUCCAGGACUGACCCUUGUGGAACAGAAGCCUCCACAGGAAAGCUGGCUGAUGAAUGGUCGUUCACCACAAUACGGAGACUCUUGCCCAUCAGGUGCCCUCUGACAGCGUCAUGUGAAAUCACCACAGUUUCCAUACUUGUGGCAACAAGAUGCGGAAGAGGGGGUGGCUGCCUGUCAGGUUCUGGUGUCAUCUUUUCACUGAACAUGUGGGCAAGGAUGUCAGCAUUUUCCUGGCUCAUGACAGCCAGGUCCCCACUAGGCUUUGUGAGAGCUGGCAAGCGUUUGUUGGAGUCCCUGCACCACUACCAGCUCUGUAAAAGCCCUGAUGACAAGAUGCUGGUUGAGGUCUCCUACUAUGGCAACAUUCUGACAGUUGUGGGCCGCCAUGAUGCCAUCCAGGUGAUUAAUGAGAACACUGCACCAGUGCCCAACCCUCAUGGUGACCCAUCCUGCCCAGAGCCACUUAUGACCAUUGAACCCAAAGUGGCUGACAUCCUCUAUGGCCGACCAACGUAUGUGAAGAAAAUAAUUGAAGAUGCCAACACAUCAGAAGAUACAGUGAAGCUGCUGAAGUUUUGCUGCUGGGAAAAUCCUCUUUUUUCUUCUGCUGUCCUCUCAGAACUUUUAUGGCAGAUUGCCUAUUCAUACACAUACGAGCUGCGACCGUACCUUGACCUGCUUCUCCACAUGCUGCUCUUGGAGGAUUCAUGGCAAAACCAUAGAAUUCAUAAUGCACUCAAGGGAAUUCCUGAUGACAGAGAAGGUCUGUUUGACACCAUACAAAGGAGUAAAAACCACUAUCAGAAGAGAGCUUACCAGUGCAUCAAGUGCAUGGUGGCACUUUUCUCUUCAUGUUUGGCAGCCCAGCAAAUGUUGAACUCAAAUGGUGACUUAAAGCGCAAAUGGACGUGGGCUGUGGAUUGGCUGAAUGAUGAACUGGACCGACGGCCUUAUGUAGCCAACCAGCAGUAUGGCUUCAAUAACUGGUCACCACCAGCCCAAAGCAAUGAGACCAGCAAUGGAUAUUUCCUGGAACGUUCACCUAGUGCACGUUCCACCCUGGAGAAGGCAUAUGAACUGUGCCCGGAAGAUGAGCCAGAGCCAGAAGAAUGUGAGGAGGCAGAAGUGGCCAUACCUGAGGAUGUUGCCCCUCUCCCCCCAGUGUCUGAGCAACAGCAACAACAGCAAUCCCAGCAACAACAGCAGCAGCAGCAGCAACAACAACUUGGGCAGUUACAACAGCAGCAGUUGCAGCUACAUCAGCAACAACAACAACAACAGCAACAACAACAACAACAACAACAACAACCACCAAAGUUGCCACCUACCUCAGGCUCUCAACCUUCUAGUUCACAGUUAAAUUUUUCAAGUAAAAAUUCUCCAGGAAAUCCCCACAAUCGAAGCAGUGGCAGUGGUCCUGUGACAGUAACAGUCAGCAUUGGUGGAAAUGGAGAAACAAAUUCUGUGAGCUCCACAGCAACUCUGACCACUGCAACCAUAACCACCACCUCCUCUUCCAACAUCAGUGGGGGUUCCUGUACACUUAACUCCACUAACACCGCCCCAUCAAUAACAACUGCCACCAAUACCAACACAUUAAGCAAUCCUGGUGGUCCACAAACCUCACCAACCAGCAAUGUGAGCACCACAAACCAAAGCAGCAUAAGCAGUACCAACAGUAUGUCCUCCACUAUAAAUAAUGGCACUAAUAAUGUGAGUGGUGGUGUGGCCAAUAAUAAAUCACCACCAUCUCCACAAGUGACUCAAUACCCACCACCACCUGUACCAGAUGUCACUCAGGAGAAUCAAGAAUGAGUCUCAUGUUGGUUUGUAGUAGAUGGUAGCAAUUUUAACAAAUGUGAGAUAGCCUAUCAUAUGUCUAAAGUGUGAGGAUGUGACAUGAGGCAUAUAUUUCCCUUCUUGAAUUUUUAUUUGUUUAUUUAUUUAUUUGAUUUAUAAUAAUAAUAAUUAUUAUUAUUAUUAUUAUUAUUAUUAUUAUUAUUAUUAUCAUCAUCAUUAUUUUCAUUAACUUAUUUGUUCAUGUAUUUAUUAAUUUUACUUAUUUUAUUUAUUUAUUUAUUUUCUGUAUUUUUAUUUCAAUUGGGGACAGUACUAUCAUGAACUGGAAGGUUACAGUAUGAGGAGACAGGUUUUAUUUGAAUUAGCAGAUUCUCAACUCUUCCCAUCUGGACCUCAUGUGAAAUAUCACAUAAUUUAUCUAUUUAUUUUAUUUAUUGAUUUAUUUUCAUUUUUAUUUAUUUUUUUUUCUGAGAAAGGCCAAUAGACAAAUACAUGACUACAAUUGACUUGUGACUGAAGAAAAGAAGAUAUAUUGAUUGUAUAUAUAUAUAAGUGAGUGGCAUUGAAUUAUAUUGCUAUUAGAAGAGUGUUCCUUCUGCUCAAAGUGAACGCCUGGACCUUCUUUGUGUGACAGGGCUCUGGUGACCAUUACUUCACAGUGACUGAUAAAUAUUUGUGAGUGUGUUGCCAGGGAAUUUUGUUGAGACUACAAUGAAGAGUAUUUGUGUGUGAACAUUUGGGGUUGAAAGACAAAGAAAGUGAAAGGAAUACUUGUAUUUUUGCAUCCUGAUAGACAGCAAGUGGCUUUUGAAAUUAAAAUUCUUUGAAAUUCUUUUUCAGACAUAAAAUUUCCUGUAUGUGUGGUAGUCUUUGAAAAUUGUCCUUGAUAUCUUAUAUUUUUUUUUACUUAGUGAUGUAAUUUUCAUAAAUACACUUCCAAGUAUGUCCUGAAUUCAGUAUUUACAUGUUAAAUUGUACUUUGUAUGUACUGAAGUCUUUCCACUUGUGACUAGUCAAGCAGUGAGCAGCAGAAGCUCCUUAGUUAUUCUGCAAUUUUUCACAGCCUUACAAGGCACCACCUGCCUACUGACAAGUAAAAUUUUGACAGAUGAUAUUGCAUGAAGUAUCAGUGUGAAAUGUGCAGGUGUUAGUAAAGAACACAUUGCCUGUUAAUAAAGCAAAGCACCCUGGCCUUCACUAGCCAAGUGCCAUCUCAUUGUUAACCUCACCAGAAGAGGAAGCAAUCUUGAGAGCCUCCUUGCACAUUGUCUGCUCUUGUAAAGUGCAGUGUGUUUUGAAGCAAAGACUUGGCAAUUGUUCAAUGGGUUUUUUGUAGUGGGAUUUAGGCUGUGCCUAUAAAUGACACAACACCUUUUUCCAUUGAAGUGAUACUUCACCAGACAUGAGGCUCUAAGUUUGAAUUCUUUGUUUGGAUUCCAUGUUUAUAUUUUGUAAUACAAUUGGAUUGUGGUAAAAGAUGACAUGGAUUUUUCAAUGCCAUGAUGUAAAAGAAUGAAACUUUGUAAAAACCCAAGUCCUAAAGAGAUUUGAUAUUCCACACCAAUAUCUUAUUGAAUAUUACUCUUGCUGACCACCAUUUCAAGUCACAUCCCUGCACCAAUUACCCGAGCACAACCUUCAGCCCGGGACUAAUGAGACAUGUAUAAUUGGGAGCUCACUGCCAACCAGUGCUUGGUUGAAAUUCCUGAGAGUGUAUCCUAACAAGAAUGCACAGGAGGGAACCUUCUGAAGGUUCUGGCAGCAGGGAGCUCACAAAUCCUGCUUAUUGUCUGUGAGCCACUUAUUGCUGCAAAGGUGUAACCAACCACCUGUUAUUGUGACUUAGUAAGUUUUGUAUGAAAACUUUUGUUAGUUCCCUAUUUCUGAUAAAUGAUGAAACAGUUUGGAGUGGAACUAGUGGUAGCAGUGAGACACCAUCUGUAGGAGCUGAUCCAGCCUCAUGCAUCUGCUUGUUACUGUCUUGUUUGCCUACUAAUGUAUUAUAGGUUUCCCACACAGAUGCCUUUUUUGUUUUAAGGACUUCAUUUUUUUAUGCUAAAAUCUUUAGCUGUUGGAGAGUGAGUGGCUGGCUGUACUACAAAUUUUAAAUGAUAUAUGCAUAUUAGGUAUUUAUAGUUUUUUUUUUUUUUUUUUUUUUUCCAUUAUGUUUGCUGCCACAACCUGUGAUUAUAAAAAAAGAAAUGUGAAGACAUGUAAACAAUGUAUGAUGUAGUAUUUUCAUGUUACUACCUUGUCAAUAAUUGUAAAGCACCAGAGAAUACUUGUAUAUCACUGUAUAAGAUAUAAUUUAAUGGAAAUGGAGCAAUUUUUUUAUUGAAAUCAUUUAACAGAUUUAUUUUUAUGCUGAUUCCCUCUUCCUUCAACAUCAUGCCUUUGUGUCUAAAAUAAAACCAUUGCUUAUUUUUUCUUUUAUUUGUGUUUAGGAUUCACAUUAAUUUAUUGCUGUAUGGCUCAAUAUGCUAAAAUAUAACUAAAAAGAAUCUCAAGUUUUUCCAAACUACCAAGCACUGAUUGAUUGACUGCCUGUGAUAUUACACCAUGCCACUGUUUCAUCAAAGGGUCAAGUAAUCAGAAGACAACAUUUCUGUAAUAAGUAUUAUUUGUACCUCAUUGUUGCUCCCCAAAUUAUUUUAUUUCAAUUGUUGAUAUACAUACAAUCUCUCUCUCUCUCUCUCUCUCUCUCUCUCUCUCUCUCUCUCUCUCUCUCUCUCUCUCUCUCUCUCUCUCUCUCUCUCUCUCUCUCUCUCUCUCUCUGGUUCUGCAGAACAACUAUGACAGAAGAAUUCACUCAUUUAUUACCAUAUAUUUUUUGUGGUAUGUUUUAAUUCAUUCAUGCUUCCCCACAACACCUCCAUGUCUUACCCUAUCAUAGGAAAUCAUCCUCUUGUAUACACUACAUUUUAUCAUAUUUGUAUACGCUGUCAUUUCACUUCAGAAAAUAAUUAGUCAAAUGUAAUAACACAUUUCAUCUUCCUCAUCCUAGAGUGCCUUCUUGCUUGUGAACAAAUCUGAUAUGACUGACUUUGUAAACAAAGAGAGGACUGCAUGCAGCAUUGUCUAUGCAUACAAUUAUCUGUGUUUAGAUAGAUAGUGUAUUCCUCAGGAAGACAACAGCAGGAUUAAUAGUUUGUCUUCUUUCCUCAAGAAAGCAAUAAUAGGAUGAUAGUUUUUUCUUCAAAACGACAGCAAGGUCUUUUUUCCUGAGGAAGAAAGACAUCUUCAACCUCAGGACAGGUGUUGGCAAUAAGCAAAAGUAUAUCUUUUAAAAAGUGAAUUCAAGGAGACACCAGGUAGACAGUGAUUAUCACAAAUUUUCAGUUGCAUUUGUCAACAACCCCAUUUUAACACUUACAGUCUGUCAUCCCCAUCCUAAGAUAUUUAUUCUUUCUUUGUAAAAAAAAAAACAGACUUGAUAGAGUUUGUAAACUAAGAUAAGACUUUGUUUUUAAAUAACUUUGUUUACAAAUAGAGAACUUAUGUUUUUUAAACAAGGGAGAACAAUAUUUAACAUGGAUUCAUGUUAUGGUAGAAGUUAUAUUCUUCAGGACGAUAACAAAGCAGCACUUUGCCUUUCUUUAUUCAGGAAGACAAUUAUAAUAUGGCAACCUAUCUUUCUUCUUCAUGAAGGUAACAACUUGGUGGUAACUAGUCUAUCAUAAUUGGUGCAAGUAAUGUGAAUUUCAUCCUUUCACGGAAAAAAAAAAAAAAAGAGGGUGUGGAUAAGGCUCACUAAUUGGACAGUGAUAAUCAGUCAAGUUGCCAGUUAUGAUUGUUAACAAGUUCUAUUUGGUGAUGCAAGUUUUGGCUUUGUUUACAACCACAAACGGGAAGAAAGCUUUAAGAUGGGAAAUGAAGGCUGUCUUUACAAUGGUUCAACUGCACUUACAAGCAAGAGGAGACUUUAGAAUGGAAAAUGGAAUUUCACAUCACUCUUCAUUGAUAGUAGCAUAGUUAGAUGGUGUCUCAUGUUGGUGGUUGCAUAGUUGGCAGGUCCAUGUCCCUCAGUAGUUCUUGACUCCUUAAAUUUUAAAGUCAUGGGAUUGAAGGAAUUAUAUUUCAGUAAUGUAUUUCUUAAGGAGAGUGAGGCCACCUAGUUAGCACUCUUAGUCUCAACUCUGAACUGCUCCCCAUUGAAGGAAUUGGCUUAAUCAGCUGUGUGGACAUCACUAGUCCAUACACAAGUAAAUCUUAGCAGCUGCCACUUUACCUAUUGCCAAACUCUUACCCUAGGAGGCUAAGUUCUUACCUGUCUUCUAUGGGAAAGAAAGACUAGUUACCACCCAGCUGUUGCCCUCCUAAGGAAAAAAAGGAGGUUAGCAUCUUGUUAUUUUCAUAAAGGAGAGAAAACAAGAUUUAUAUUAUUCCUUUAUUGAUAGAUAUAUCCUUCCUUAAUUCAUUAAGUUGUCUACAAACAAAUGUCUUCUUUUUGUUACCAAGUUGAGUGUCUCAGAUUUGUUUCCAAACAAUGGGAGGCAACCUAAAUAAUGAGGAGGAUGAAGUGUGCUAUUACACUAGUUUUAGUAAAAAUUCAUCCAACCAUCAAACAAACUUUCCAAUGUUUCUAUGCAGUAUCCAAAUGGAGCAUGACAUUGGGAGAUCUAGUAAUGUCUGCUUCGAUAGAGAUUCUUCUCCCAUGUUUUCUUUGAUGAAGCACAACUUAAUGGGAAAAUUUAAGCCCCAUGUUUGUAGUAGAGGGAAAACAAACCAAAAAUAUACUGAAACCACGUAAUGACAGCACAAAGGUGCCACAAUGGCCUUGGAAUUUGACAAUUGUUAUGGUCCUAUUAAGGCACUAUCUUUUUAUUCUUUAGUCAGAGGUCUAAUUCCUCAUAAAAAAAAAAUACUCACAUGACUAAAGAUGUAUUCUUCCUUCAGAUAGUUUCCCAAUGAAGUGCCCAAGGGGGCAUAUGACAGACAUUUCUGAAAUCACUCCUUUUAGUUGCUUAGAUUCUUGGUCUUGUGCAUCAAAUCUACACCUCACUUGCACAUGGUUGCUCCCUUUCCUUUCAUCAUACAGUAUGUCCAUAGGAUCCAAUAAGUUUUCUCUCCAGUACAGGUUUUUCACUUGUGUUACCUUCAUGGUUUCAGAAACACACAUUGAGUCAAGAUACUUAAAUCAAUGUACAUAGUAUUUUGCAUUUUAGAUAAGUACUUGCUGUUGUCAUAUGCCAUCACUUAAGUUUAUAUUUUCACAUUCACCUUCAACUUCUGUAAUUUUGUACAUGGGACUAUAUACAUUAUGAACUAAUAUAAAUAUCUUGCUUUUUGUAACCAUGGCUUAUUUGAAAACAUAAUUGCAUUUAGUAACAAUUUAUUUCACCAUAUAUAUGGAUUUUCCAUUAUCACCAACCUAAGUGGUGCAGUGGUUAGUAUGUUUUGCUGUGAUUUAGCUGGGACCCAAUCAAAUCCUAGUUGAAACAAUCAGUGUCCAGUUCACUUUGUUCAUCUUUAUUCAGAUUGCUAAAUAAAUGGGUUAAAUGAAAAAGCUAGGAAAUGUUAACUGUGGAUGUCACAGUGGUCCAGUAUCCCUGAAUAAGGGAUAUUAUACUUUACAAGUUUAAAGUCCAAUGAGAGCUGUGUAAUGUAAUUAGUAACUACAUGCACAGCAGUGGUACAUACAUGCUCCUGGCUUUACUGUUAAUUUUUACUUUUAUUUCAAAUAUUAAAUCAUGUACACAUUUGGUUAACAUCUAAAGAAACAUCAUAUUUUUCUCUCAUUUUGUAUUCCAGAUAAUUAACUUCUCUACAAUAUCUUUAUUCCUUAUGAUUUUUGCAUCAUUAACCCCUUCAGUACUGGGACACAUUUUUACCUUGAGCUUUGUGUUCCAUUAGACCAUUUUAUUGACAUUAGGAAGGGCCUAUGAAGGUCAGAAGAUUAAUGGCCACAGUCUUCACUAUUUUAAUUCCCACAUGAGUUUCUGAAGCUGUAGAAAAUCACCAAAUAGUCACCAGAAUGAGUAUGGAAACACGUCAUGGUACUGAAGGGGUUAUGAAAAGUUUUUUUCAUAAUUCUACAAUCCUCCAUUCACAUCAUAUAUCUUCAUUGCCAUCUAAUUCAUUGUCAUACACUUUGUUAAAGGUAUUGAAGCAGGGUAAAUGUAAUGAAUUUUGAAUAUUUCUUUCAUCCACUAGUCUGAUUAAGUAAAUUUUAUGAACACAC